AUGGCUCCAACUGAAACACCAGCUGCCAGCACACUUAAGAGUAAAAUAUCCAAGGAACUGAGGGCAAAAGCAAACGAUUUCCUAAACAGUAAAGUCAAAUCAAAAAAUUUGGAAGAGAUCAUACAUUAUUUGGAUAAUGCCAUUAAAAAGAAAGAUGCCUUGACCCCAGCCCUGCUCACCCUGGAAGUUGUUUUCACCCAAUUGCUAAAACGUAAAGAAAUGUUUGUGGGUGGAGGUAAUGCCAAGCAGCCCCUGGAAUCUGAAGCCGAAACAAAAUAUCGUGAUUGGUUAAGAGAACGUUACGAAGAGACAUGGAACCUAAUGCUAAGCGCCAUCGAAAAUUGUGAAAAAUCACAAGACAGUUCACAGGCUUUAAUCUCCUGUAUGAAACUUCUGGCGGCCGAAGGAAAAUAUCCCAUAAAUGUCGAUGAAGAACCAUUACAUUUUCCACGCAAACGUUUACGCAGCAUCAUAGAAAAAGUUCUAACCGAGAAGCGUUCGAUACAACCCCUCUUAUCAAGUUUUAAAGAAUUUUCCGAAUAUUUGGAUAUUGUGCAGAACUCAUGGUUUAUCCUAUCAUCGAUGGUUAAGAAAUCAAUGACACAAAAUGAAAAUGUCGCUCUUAAUUGUUUGCAUUUAUUAAAUGCCAUACCCUUGAACAAGGCUGUUCAGGACAAUGCCAAAUUAUUUGUACCGCUGACAGAAGAUGCUCCCGAAACGGAGAAAUUUGAGUAUUCGACCACUCGCAAACACAUUAAUCGUAUUUGGAAUAAUAUUAUGACAUGGUUGGAGCCAAACCUGGGCGAAGCCAUACAUAGGCAAAUGUUAAUUGUGUUGCUGGAGUGUGUGUUGUCACAUUUGGAGAAGCCCGUAUUGUUAACGGAUUUCCUUAUGGAUUCUUUGGAUUGUGGUGGUCCUGUCUCAUUAUUGGCUUUGCAGGGUGUAUUUACGUUAAUCCAAAAACACAAUAUCACCUAUCCCAAUGUCUAUGAAAAACUCUACUCCAUGUUCGAACCGGAUAUUUUCCAUACCAAAUAUAAGGCUCGCCUCUUCUAUUUGGCCGAUAUAUUUUUGUCAUCGACACACUUACCGGAAAAUCUGGUGGCCGCAUUCGUCAAACGUUUGGCACGUUUAAGUUUAAUAGCACCACCACAGGACACCGUAAUAAUGUUGCAAUUUAUUGGUAAUCUAUUGCUGCGUCAUUUGGGUUUGAAACGUUUAAUAUGUGCCACACAAGCUCUGGAAGUAUCCACAGAUCCAUAUCAAAUGCAUGAACGUGAUCCCGUCAAAUCGAAUGCCAUCGAUAGUUCAUUGUGGGAAAUUGUCGCUUUGCAGAAACAUGCCAUACCAUCAGUGGCGACAGCAGCUCGUUUUAUAGCACAACCAUUGCCAAAGCUGGAAUGGGAUUUAUCAGAAAUAUUGGAAGUUAAGGAAGAAGAUAUAUUUGAACAAGAAAUCACCACAAAGAAAUCCAAACAGCAACAGUAUGCUUUGGCUUUUGAGAAGCCGGAAACAUUGUUCCUACCCAAAAAUGAUCAAUUGCAAAGACAUUGGAGUCUAAUUUAA